AUGUGCGAUCCGCAGGACCCCACUCGGAGGCCACUCAGCGGGCCCUCGCCUGCUGAGGCCCACGGCGAGGGCGCCCAGGCCGGCCGGAGCGACUGCCAGAAUUUCCAGCUGGACAAGCUCGACGUCGUCGCGGGGCUCUUGACCGACACCGCCAGCCUGGAGUCUGCAGGGCAGGGACCGUGCGAUGAGCCCCUGCGCCUGCCGCCCGAUGGCCUGCUGUCGCCGGCAAGGUCGAUCCUUCUGACGAGCCGGAGUCCAGACCCCUCUCCCACGCAUGGGGUCCUCCCCGGCCUAGGGCCUGAGGGCUCGCCGUUCGAGGGGGCGGGUUCCCCGGGAUCGCUGACGCGGGCGCUGGCCAAGGUGUCCCAGCUCCUGGACCAGCUGCCCGCCGACAGCUGGUCGGUGCAACGCGCCGCCUGCAGCGCAAGGGGCGAGGCCGAGGUCUGCUCCCUCGGCAGGCUGCCGAUCUCAGGAGUCGAGCACGCCACGGCCCCUGAGCCGCAGGGUGAGGGGGAUCGAGUGCUUGUUGGGCGCUGCUUCUGCCUCGAGAUUGCUCUACAUGUGGGCGAGCCCAAUGUUUCCUUUGAGGAUGGGAUCAACCCGGACCGGCGAGCCUCGCCCCCCGCCCCGGAGCCUGCGGCAUGGACCGACCCCUCCACCAGCCCGCCGCGCGCGCCACGCCCGCCCUCCCUGGCGGGGUCCAGGAGCCCCCGCCCCGAGCACCAAGUGGAGGAGGCGGUGUCCCUGGCCCUGGACCUGAAGCUGCUGCGGCACUGGGUGCGCGGCAUCCUCAAAUCGCCUCAGACGCUGAGGGCAGAUCCAGCAGGCGUGAGUGAAGCUCGCAAAGCCGCUGGUCAGAGCGCCAGCCAGCGUGGGGCGCCAGGCGCGCAGGCGAGAGGACGAGACGGUCCGAUGGACGACUGCGCCGAGCCGGCGCUGCCGUCCGACGCGCUGGCGACCACCGCGACCCAGCGCGACCCCGGAUCCACCCCCGCCCGACCGAGCGGCGUGGUGAGCCCCGCGGCGGCACCCCCGCGCCUGCCAGGCGGCGGCGGCUCGUACGGCGCGCGCCUGCUCCUGCGCGCCAACGCCUCGCUCUCCCCCCUGUUCGUGAAGAGGGAGCGCGCGGGCCCCGGCGCCGACCACGCGCCACCGCCCUCCUGGAAGAGGGCGGUGGAGACGCGCGGGGGCCGCCUGCUCCUGCAGGCCAUCGGCUCGCGGGGAGCGGGGGGGGCGCAGAAUGAUGCCGGGCAGGAUGCCAGCUCGGCGCCCGGAGCCCGGCGCACGCUGCUGACCGAGGCCGGCGCGCCGUCGAGGCCUUGA